AUGAUGCGCCCAAAUACAGACAUACCAAUUAAUGAAAACGAGAACGAUCAUGAUGAAUGUGAGCAGCAAGGUGAAACCUGUGCCCAUCCAGAGAACAACAACAGUUCUCCAGACGAUGAACAAAUUUUCCGCCUAUGGGAUAUAUGUAACAAAGAUACGGAGAUAUGUACAAUGACAAAAGAUGGCUAUGAUUUAUAUGGAAAGGACUUCAAGUCUCUAGAAUAUCCUUUAAUUAACAAGUCGUAUAGCGUUCCAAAUACAGGAUGGCUCAAUGACGCAGUAGUUGAUGCAUACUUGACAUU